CUAAUUCCAAAAUGGCAGAAUGCGACUUCGUUCUGUUAUCAUGUGAGCCGAAGAAAUAAUGUUUUCUUGAUAUUGUUUAUCGCGAGUGGAUUAUAUAUUUGUGAUUUAGUGAAUUGUGACAUAAUAAACCAUGGCGGACAUAAAAUCGCCGCCUUAUAGUGACAUCAAGAGACCUGAGGAGGUGGUCAGGAUGACGACGAAUGAUAGCCUGAAAUUCGCAGUUCUUAUCGGGCUGAUUGAAGUCGGACAGGUGACCAACCGGGAGGUGGUUAAUACGGUCUUACAUCUGGAUGAGAAAACUCCAUUGUACCCAACCCGUCCCGUCCUGUUGUAUAUGGAAGUCAUUGCGGAGGCGUACCCAAGCAUGAAACACAGUAUAUAAUAAUAAUAAUUUGUAGUAAAGAAGUCUUGAUACCUUAGCGUAGUCUAUAAUUGUCGGAAUUAAUAAAAAGAGGUGAUGAAUUUGUUUAUACUUAUUGAUAGGAAUUGAUACGUGAAGUAAAUAAUCAUAAUUUGAUAAUAAGGCCACUCUACUAAACAUGCCAAGCCAAAACAUUGAAUAAAAUAAUUGUAUAUU